CCCAGCAUUCCGCGUGCAGCCGACCACUUCCGGAAACCACGGCCAACAUGGCGGCGCCCGAGCAGCACGAUUCUGGUGAAGAGCUCCGGCCUGCGGCAGAGGAAGAAGAAACGAAAACUUUUAAAGACUUGGGCGUGACAGAUGUAUUGUGUGAAGCUUGUGACCAGUUGGGAUGGGCAAAGCCCACCAAGAUCCAGAUUGAAGCUAUUCCUAUGGCCUUACAAGGUCGUGAUAUCAUUGGGCUGGCAGAAACUGGUUCUGGAAAAACAGGGGCUUUUGCUUUGCCCAUUCUGAAUGCGCUGCUGGAGACACCCCAGCGCUUGUUUGCCCUGGUUCUCACCCCCACCCGGGAGCUGGCCUUUCAGAUCUCAGAGCAGUUUGAAGCCCUGGGGUCCUCAAUUGGAGUGCAGUGUGCUGUGAUUGUAGGUGGAAUCGACUCAAUGUCCCAGUCUUUGGCGUUGGCAAAAAAACCACAUAUAGUAAUAGCAACUCCUGGCCGGUUGAUUGACCACUUGGAAAACACAAAAGGUUUCAAUUUGAGAGCUCUCAAAUACUUAGUCAUGGAUGAAGCAGACAGGAUAUUGAACAUGGAUUUUGAGACAGAGGUUGACAAGAUCUUGAAAGUGAUCCCCCGAGACCGGAAAACAUUUCUCUUCUCUGCUACCAUGACCAAGAAGGUGCAAAAACUUCAGCGAGCAGCUCUGAAGAAUCCUGUGAAAUGUGCUGUUUCUUCCAAAUACCAGACAGUUGAGAAAUUGCAACAGUAUUACCUCUUUAUUCCCUCUAAAUUCAAGGAUACCUACCUGGUAUAUAUUCUAAAUGAAUUGGCUGGAAAUUCCUUUAUGAUAUUCUGUAGCACCUGUAACAACACUCAGAGAACAGCUCUGCUGCUCCGAAAUCUUGGAUUCACAGCCAUCCCUCUGCAUGGACAAAUGAGUCAGAGCAAGCGCCUGGGAUCCCUUAAUAAGUUUAAGGCCAAGGCUCGUUCGAUCCUUCUGGCAACUGAUGUUGCAAGCAGAGGUUUGGACAUCCCUCAUGUGGAUGUGGUUGUCAACUUUGACAUUCCAACUCAUUCAAAGGAUUACAUUCAUCGAGUAGGUCGAACAGCUAGAGCUGGGCGCUCUGGGAAGGCCAUUACUUUUGUCACACAGUAUGACGUGGAACUCUUCCAGCGCAUAGAACACUUAAUUGGGAAGAAACUGCCUGUCUUUCCAACGCAGGAUGAUGAGGUUAUGAUGCUGACAGAACGUGUGACUGAAGCCCAAAGAUUUGCCCGAAUGGAGUUAAGAGAACACGGUGAAAAGAAGAAACGCUCACGAGAGGAUGCUGGAGACAAUGACGAUACGGAGGGUGCUAUCGGAGUCAGGAACAAAGUGGCUGGAGGGAAAAUGAAGAAGAAACGGAAAGGCCGUUAAUCACUUUCUCAAGGGCUUGAAUUCUGCUCUAUCUGUAAGCAGGGAUCGAGGAGGGGAAUGAAACGCCUCCAGCGAGUGCCUCAUACCAGAAACUGUGGGUAUUAGACGCUACUCGGCUAAUUGGGCACGAGUGCCCCUUUCUUUGAGUUGGCUGUCAUUGCUGCUGGAUGAUGUUUACAGUGCUGCUGUCAGCUUGCUGUUCUUCGACUUUGGUUCCUUGCUUGUGACCUGAGUGGGACGUGCCCUGCUCUCACUUUACACAGACCUUUUGCCCCUUUUCAGCUGCAGAUCAAGGACUUGGGUGAUGAAACACAUGGCCAAUCAUUGUAGUUUGGACAUUCGUAGGUGGUAUUUAUGCUAGUUUAGCUUGUGCUUCACUGGGCUCCAAGUAAAAAAAUAAAUGUUACUUUUAAAAGAUUUAGACUUCUUGGAGACCUUGAUGUUAAAGGGCUUUUUAGAUUUAAGUAAGAUCUUCAUCCAAGGUAUUCUGAUGCCUGCCUAUAAUCCUAGCAUUCUGGAAAAGGAUUACAAUUUGGGUAUUUGAGUGUUUUUGUUUUCUUUUGAGACAGGGUCUUGCUAUGUAGUCCAGGCUGACCUUGAAGUCACUGGGUAUCCCAGGCUGGCCACAAAUUUCUAGUAAUCCUCUGUUUUAGCCUCUCAAGUGCUGGGGUUACAGGUGUAUACUGCCAAGCUGACUGGGAUUAUAAGUUUGAGCCCAGCAUGGGCAAUUUAAUAACUUACUAAGACCUUGUUUCAAAAAACCCAAAAACAUCCAAUUCUUAUUAAUAAAUAAAAAUGAAGAAUGUGUCAGUGGCAGCUAAAUGGCUCAUUCAUUUAUUAUUUUUAAUUAAGGUAAGCAUUAUAGUAUGAUUUUGAAAAGGAACUCAGUAAGGGUGUAUGAUAGAUAGCUUUGAAGCAGAAGUACUUCCUAAAAGGAGGCUGUUUUUCUUGGGCAUGGAGGAAAUGGCAUCAGUAGGACUAACCAUAAAGGUCUUUAAUCUCUAAAUAGACUUCACUUUCCUGACUCCCUGAGUCAAGCAGGUGGUUAGGAAGACUGGUUUAUGUGGACUCCUCUACCCAGGUGAUGAGAGUAAAGUGAGAAUUCAUCAGCAGAGUGGGAUAAUUCUAAGACCUACUUUCCUACACUUGUCAUUGGUGAUCAGCAUUCUUUGUCCCACCUGUCAGGGGUUGAGUUUGGAUGAUGGCGAGCUGUGGAGGAAGUAGGCAUUAGUGCUGGAAAGUGUGGCUGGGAAGGGAGGUGGCCAGAAAUCAGAGACAGUGUUCAGCUUCCCAGCCACAGACAGUCUUGUGUUCUGGGGACUUUUUUACACAUGAGGUGCCUAAUACUUUUGGUGGACUCUCUCAGUUUUAUUAGAGGAGAAUGUAUCUGCACUGGCAGAGUCAGGGUAAGAAUCACGGAGAUGGAUUAAGAUUGUGACGAAGAGAAACUUUCCAUGUGCAGUGCAUCUUGAAGGAAAGUAAGUCCUAAAACUUGCAGUAUUUGGUGAGAAAGUUACAAAGCGAUACCAUUCUCUGUUGUUGUCCCUGGGUGAUCCAUUCCAUGCAGGGAGAUCUUAAAUAUGCAGGUGAAGUCAGGCACGUUGAUGUACACCUGUAAUGCCAGCUACCGAGGAGACUGAAGCAGGACGGUUGCAAGUUUGAGAUCAGCCUGGGCAACUUAGCAAGGUCUUUUAAUAAAAAGCACUAAGGAUAUAGCUUAUUGGUGGAGGGCUCUAGGUUCAGUCCCCAGUUCUGCCUAAAUAAAUAGAUAAUAAAUGGGGUGCUUUCUACCACAGAUCUGUCCUGAUAAGGUGAAUCUUGUACAUACAUGGGUUUGUGAAUAAAAAUACAGUCAUGGCUUAUUUGGUUUAAAUUUUUUUUUUUUUUGUUUAAUUUUUUUAUAUUUCAUUACUGUCCGUUAUGCUACAUUUAAAAGAAGGGUAAGUUAAAGGAGUCAGGACACAGUAAAAAAAAAAAAAAAGAAAAAAGGAAAAAAGGGGUAGAAACAGGUACAUGACUGGGUGAGCGUACUCCUAACUGUUACGCAUUGUGCCUACCACUUGAAACUUUUUCCGCUAACAUGGAACUUUGAAGACUGAUGACACUCCCUAGGGUGGCUUUGGAUGAAUAGCAAGUUUAUCUCUGAGCUGACAGAUGAUUGGUGGUUCUUGAUUCAACUUAGUGGUGAACAUCAGAAGCAAGUUGAAGCUGGAUUAGGGUACCUAGCAGUGGGGAGUCAGGAGGAGAGAUUGGAGUUAUCCUGGAGGAUACGCAGAUUAUUUAAUUUUUUAGUUCUGCAUUUCCUGAAGUAUGAAACUGAACCUUGAAACAGUCUUCCCCCCUCCCCAAUUGUGAGUAAAUACAGAAAUGUUUAUGACUUAAUAAAGGGAGUAUCCUGCAAUAGUCAUGCAAUGCCAGCCUAGAGAAAAGCUUCCUCUGCUCAUCUAAUCAUAAUCUUAACUUACGUAGUAUUCUUUGUAUGUAGUUGAUGUAAGAAUAGCUUUAGGGUGUCAGUGUAUUCCUGGUUUUACUUCUGUGGAGCUGAAAGGGAAUGAGGAAAAUGCCUUUCUAUCAUAGGAAUGGGUCCUAGGAUCCCACCGAAGGACUUUCAUGCAGGUAAAGCAGGCCCAGAAUCCCAGGGUUCUCAGAGAAUUUCAUUUGUUGCUAAGAGUCUAGGUAACUGGAUUGUGAUUCUGUGUCUUUCAAAAAAACAUGAUGAAUACCCCAGAGUAUGGUUUAAUAUCUAGUGACCUUUCCAGGUAGCUUCCUGCCUGCCUAGUUUCCACUAACACAAAUCAGAGACUUUGUUUAGCCCAAGUCCUUCAAAGCCCUGGAAAAUAGGAUCAGAAGAAACCACAGACUGUGUGGUGUUGGUUAGGAGAAAUGAAGGAAUUCAAGUUGUCAAAAGCAAGUCACAAAACAAAGCAAGAAAAUAUGUCCUAAUGCUAGAUGAAGAGAAUAUGCAAGAAGGUCUGACCCACACUGGUUCUUAAGGUGAAAUGUAACCUGAGGGCAGACUACCUCAGGAUGGGAGAUGACUCUCUUUAGCUGGAACAAGAGACUCAGAUGGGGCACUAGAGAUCGAAGGUUACCCACACCUACAUUCCUUCUCAGGCCUCACCUGUCUCAGGAAUGCACUCCAAGUACAGCUGAAAAUAACUGCAGAAACUUGAGGUCUGGGAAAUAGCACCCAAGCACCUAUAGUAAGGAGCUGACUUGUGUCAGGUGGGAAGGAGACGGGAGGAGAAUGGGCUCAGCUAGAGUGCAUGCUAUCUCAAAUGUCUCUUUGGAUUCUUGGAGCUUUUGUCUGCUUGUAGCCAUCUGUUUACCAGAUAGCUUCCAAAAGCAAAGGAUGUCCCUUGUCACCACGGCCCUUAAGUAACCUGUCGAUAGCAUCACGGAGUUAGAAGGAGCAGGAGGGCUGUGGGAAUGCAACAGAGCUUGGGAAACUUAGUCAUGAGACCAUUUCCUUCUGUCACUAUGUGGUCUUGUGUGUGCUCCCUCUCUGAACCCUUUUUCCCCCUUGUUAACACAGUAAUAGGACCACUCAUCCUAUCUGCCUCAGAGUCUGGAGCGUAGUUUAUAAAAUUCUGUUCUCUCCCUUCGUUCCUUCCACUGUGUGCUAUCUUCUGGCCUCUGUGCUGUGUACUCUAGGGACAAUCCUAAAGAAAAGAUCAGGUGUCCACGCAGAGUUAAGUCUUAGCGCUCUAUGUGAUUGUGCUUGCUACCCUUGGGCUGGGACCAUGGCUUAUUGAUGGAUGUAACUAACGUCUUCCAAGGCCCAAAGCACAAUGGAUGCUCAAUACCUACCAUGGGCUGUGUUGGGAACUUCGCACGUACCACCUUGAGCAGUUCAAACAAAUCUAAAGGAUGGGUAUUAGUGUUCUCUCAAGCACUGUGGAGCCAGCUGGCCACAUUGCCUUUUCAUAGCUGUGAGAUCUUGGACAAGUUAUUCAGCCUUUUUGAAUUUCAAUCUCUUUAUCUGAAGAAGCAUAGUACCUACCUUAAAGGAUUGUGAAGUUUAAAUAAACCAUACUUUGGCUCAUCAUAUUGAUUUAUACGUAUUAGUCAUUAUUACUAUUAUUGUUUUAAUUUUAGCAGUUGCAGGGGGUAAAUGACUUGCCUAGAUCAUACAGUUGGGAAUGGGCUAAGUAGAAAUUUGCAGCCAGAUUUGAUUCCACGUUAGCUCUUCACCCUGAAUUGUGUAUAUGAGGAUAUAUAAUUCCGUAUUAUAUUAUUCACUUAAUAAAUGCCUACUGAAUAAAUGAUUAAACAUUAUUUACAGCAUUAUUCGUCCUUUAGAAAAAAAUAUGUUCCACAAACAUGUAAGUGUUAAUGCAAAUAAGCUUUCAGAGUCCAUCUGCUUUUUAAAUUGACAAACCACCACCAGGUAAGAGAACAUGUCAUUUUCAUAUUUACCAGUAGAUGGCAGAAGAAAGAAGAGAUUACCUCCGUGGGAAAAAGUUUUGGUUUCUGGCGGAAAAGAAUGAUCAACAGUAGGCAGGGACUGAGCCAGAAUGCAGAUUAAAAGGACUCUCAGUGUGAUGUGAGGCCCACAGUGACUAAGGAGUAGUGGUCAGGGUGGGUGUGGGAACUGCUGCAAGGUAUCUGAGGGAUGUCGGCUUUCAGGAAGUUUGGCUAGAUUCAUCCAAAGAUGGGAGCUGAGAAGGCUGAAGUCAACUAAAAUUCAGGCAGUAGAGAGUUCAGUAAGAAAAAGUAUCAGGCACAGUGGCAAAUAACCAUAAUUCCAGCUACUUGGGAGGCUGAGGCAAGAGGAUCUCAAGUUUGAGUCCAGCUUGUGCAACUUAGCAAGACCCUCCCUCAAAAUUUAAAAAAAAAAUUUAAAAUGUCUGGAAAUGUAAUUCAGUGGUUGUCUAGCUUGUAACAAUGCCUGGGGUUCCAUUCCCAGUACCAGUGAAAAGUAAGCAAGGAAAUAUAUAAAGUCCGUCUUGAUUCCUAGUUAGUUUAUAAGCAGACUUAUUGUUUUCUGAAGUCUGCCCUUCCUUCCUGCGGUGUCAAUCAAGUCUUUGGCUCUCUGAUUCUUCUACUGUCCCCACUCCACCGCAGCCUACUGUUUAGAACACUGACAGUCCAUCCCUGCCUACCCCUAGGCAUGUUGGUUAACUAGCAUUAAUUGUUCUACACUGUUAAUCCCCUCCAACUGUAUCCUUUUCUCUUACUGAUCAGGUCUAGUAGGCGUGGCCCAUAGCUUUCCAAAAAAGCUUGGUGCUGAGUGGCUGUUGAGCCAAGGUAGUUAUUUUGACUGUGGCCCAAAGUGUUGAGGAAUUGUCCUACUGGAUUCAAAAGAGUAGCAGUAAGCAGUCAGUUCAGGUCAGAAAUCCCUCCCUGGACCGAGGCUGAGAGUGGAGCUCAGUGGCGAUAUAUGAAUAACAUGACCCUAGGUUCAAUCUCCAGCCCUACUCCAAACCCCACCCCUACUCACGAGAGAAAGGAAAUACUGAUGUUUCUACUCCCAUAGACUUGAACACUGCCCUUCUACCUGUUGGAAAUGUUUGUCAGUGCAGAUAAUAAAGUGCUCAGACAUCAACAAAAAUCAACGUGGCUUUUAGUUUUGCAAGAGGGUGCAAGCCCACUCCAGCAAUGCACUAGUAGGCGUGGGAGGGUGUGCCUUUUAUCCCUCCUAAGAAGAGCAGCUGACUUGUCCCCCUCCUCGAUGUCUGGUUUGGAGGUUCACAACCUACCCUGAUUGGCUAAGUCAGAGGGUGCAAGGGGAAUUUGAGGGGUUGCUGAGGAGCAGGGAGAACAGGAGGAGGGGGAUUGGAGAGCAAAAAAUCCUUGGCCUAGGAUAAACUUUUUGAUUUGUAGCUAUGUUCCCAGAAUUGGAACCAUGCAGACAUUUUCUGUAAUGUAGUGUGUUUAGGAAGGGAUACUGAGGCUGGCUAGAGUCUAAGAUGCAGUCACUGAUGUUUAAUAGAAAACAGAACUUACUGUUUCCCACACACCCGGAAUGUGCCUUUGGGUGAGGAGUAUUUCUGCCCAACAUUUAACGUGGUCGAAACUCACCCAAAGUAUUAAAUCCAGUGCCAACUUCAAACCAACAACCAUGUUGUGUUUUCUGGGUGCGUCACGAGAGCAGAGAUGAUCAUAAGGUUUCCCAUUUGACAUAUUUGUCUUUGUACAAUUAUCGUAGUGGUUGUUUCUUAACCACUGAUGAAAUUCUGUAAGGUUGUGGAGAGCCUGCAUGUGUAGACGUUCUCAGGGUGGCAGGCACAUACUACUUCAUGUAAUGGGAGGAAUGACUCAUUUCUUGAAACCAUGAAACAGAAACUUGCUUGUGAAAUUUGAAAAAUGCAGUGUAGUGGGUGUGGUGGUGCACACUUGUAAUCCUAGCAUUUGGGAGGCUGAGGCAGGAGGAUCCAUGUGAGUUCAAGGCCAGCCGGGGCUAUAUAGUCAGACACUGUCUCAAAACAAACAAACAGACAAAACAAAAAGGAAGAAGAAAAAAAUGCAGCAUGAUCAUCUCUCAUGCUUUCUCUUCAGUGAUUUAUUUGUUCCAGGGUGUUGAGGAAUUUUUUGGGGUGUGCUUAUGCUGACAGCGUGAGGUGUGGUCACUGCACAAUUAAUCUGUGGUUUCUGUGUCCGUGUCAUUAGGUUUGGUGGAUUUCAGAGGGUUGCGGGUGAGGAGGCAUGGGGAGGCUGUCCCUCUUCAUGAGAGUUUAAUAUUGCCACCAAGCCAACAGAAAAGAAAUAAAUUUUGAUAUUUGGACUCUGCCAUAAUAAUCACCACAAACCUCACACAAAGUCAGAAUUUUCGGGUUAAGAGGACCUUGGUGGUCAGCAAGAAUUUGUUCGUUAUUCCUUGGAGGAUACUUAAGUUUUAAAACUUGUGUUUGUUUUAUAUGUGCCCACAAGUUGUAGCAUUUUAGAAUUCGAGUGGAAUUUUUGUGUAAUAGAGGCCAGGGGAAGGGACAAAAUGCCUUUUUUUUGCAAUGGGAAUUGAACUUAACAACUUGCCAGGCAGGUAUUGUGUUGCUGAGCUAUAUCUCUGGCCCCAAAAUGCUUUUUUUUUUAAAGAAUUUAUUAUUUUUAUGUUUUAUUUUAAGGAGAAAAAUAAAAUUUCAAAACAAGUUAAUGGGAGAGUAACAAUUGAAAUGCUUUUCAGGACCAGCAGCCUCAACUCUGAAUCCUCCUUUUUGAGAAGAAUGACAGGAGAUAUAGGGGUGAAUGCGUUUAUAUUUUCUAAAUAGAUGCCCAUGUUCUCCCUAACCCGGACUGGGACUGUCAAGGGAGGCAUGUGAGUGAGUCACUCUUCUACCUGGCUGCUGUGACAUUGAUCCUGGGGGUCUCAGAUUAAGACGCGAUCACUAAGGGCAGCCGUGGAUUGACAGCAAGGAUCCGGCUGAGAGUCUUGUGACAGUGUGUCUGGGUGGGAGGCCAGAAGAGGGGAAAGGGAAGCACACAUCAUGCUGAGAUUUACAGUGAAUAUAAACCUCACCCAGAGCUCAGCAGUCAUUUCCUGCCUGUUCUCCUGUUCUCUCUAGACACUCUGAGUCACUUGGUGGCCAGUGCCUUGGCCUGUGAUUCAUUUCUCUACCCUAUGACCUAGAAGAAUAUUUGGGUGUGAGGGGUAGGGCACAGGCAUCCAGGAGAAAAACGAUUGCAUGAUAGUUUGUCGGGGUGCAGAAGGAAGGUUCUAGAAUAUUUCUUUUAACUCACUCAUUUCUAUUUUUAUAUUUUAUUUUUUUAUUUUAAAAAAGGAUAAAACUAAACGUAACAAAACAACAAAGCAGACCAGAAGCAAAGCAAUGUAAGUGGCUUAGAUUUCAAAGCAAGACAACAGGAGAUCUACAGUGACUAAUAUAAUGUCUCUUGUUUUCUUCUAAAUAGUUGUCUAUGUCUUCACUAUUUUUAUAUUUUAUAAUGUACAAGAGGUAUCAUUAUAAUGAUAAAUACAAGGCUGGGAAUGGUUGUGCAUGGCUGUAAUCCCAGCACUCAGGAGGCUGGAGCAGGAGGAUUGCUGCAAGUUUGAGACCAGCUAAGGUUAAAUAGUUCAAAGCUGAAAUAUAGUGAGACCCUAUUUAAAAUAAAAUAUAUGAGAAGUAGAUACAAAUUAGUGUACAGAUAGGUAUAUGUUAAAACUGCUAUGUUGUUGGGGCCAAAGAUUUAUUUUAACAGUGUAAGUGCCUUCUCUGGCAAGUGCAAGUUUGUGAGUUCCAUCCCUGUACAAAAAAAAAAAAAAAAAAAAAAAAAAAAAAAAAAAAAAAAGCUAUAACAAGUAAACUUGGGACUAUAGCUCUAGGGAAUUAUUCAGACAGUAGAUUGUUAAAACAUUAUAUAUUGUUCUGAAAUUAAUUUUCACACAGAACUCUAAUGCAGUGUUUUAAUGUGUUUAAAAUUUCAGAUUGUUAGAAUGAAGUGAGGUUUCCAAAUUCUAGGUUCAAACCAGAAUUUAUUCUCUAGUUCCUUACGAGUUCAUACAAGAUACGUGAACUAUUUGCACUAUUUCCAGAGCUUAGUAGAAAUCUUAUAUUCAUCCCAAAUAAAGCCAGUUUAAAGGUCAAGUGCUCUGUAAUGGUUAGAAAUAUUAAGAACUUGGAGUUGUCCUCAUGCUUAUCAGAGGAUAUGAUUAGUCGUUACAGUGUUGACCUUUGCCAUUGGCUGGCCACCAAGCAUUGCAAAGCCUUUUCCAUUUUGAGGGAAUUCUGCUGGAGGCCUGAAGUAAUGGGGGACACGACACUCCCACAUUCUGAUCUCUGGGCACUGCCAUUGUUAGACCUGAGAGGGAGCCCCUGGCCUGAGCACUGCUCCUUGAGAGUCCCCAUGCUUUGGGGUAUGUUUUUCAAAUUUUUCUAAAUCUUCAUAUGUAAGGAUUGCAGUUGGUCCCAACCUUGUCAGUCUUUUGAUUUUAGCUCUUUUCCAUCAUGGAUUUAUUUCUCAUAGGAAAUCUCAUUCCCUACAAUCGCUUCAACAUAUUUGCUGAGGUAUCAGUGACAUAAUCAACCAUACAUGUUUAACGUGCACUGUGGUACAUUUUGUCAUGUGUGGCAUAUACAUUCAUCCAUGACUCUGUGACCAUAAGCAAGACAGUUAACAUGCUCACCGUCCCCAAAACGUUUGCACUUGGCUCCUUCUUAGUCUUCUCGCUCUUCCCUGGCACCCCACUUCCCCAAAACCAUUAAUUUGCUUUGUGUCAAUAUACAAAUUAGUUUGUAUUUUUAGUUUUGUUAAAAUGGAGUUAUAUAACAUAUACUUUUCUAAAAAUCAACUUUUUAUUUUAUUUUUAUUAUUUUGAAGGUAGUAAAAUACAACAGAACAAGACAGAACAAAGCCAGUUGAGACAGUGUAGUGAAAUUGGUAUAGAUCUUCACAGCAGGUUACCGGGAUAAUAGCAAUAGGUAUCACAGUAUAUCUCGUUAUCAUCACAAUAGUUAUUCUUUCAAUAAGGCAUAGCAAACUAAAAUGAAGUAUAGAACAUUAUAGAACUUAUCAAAACAGAAUAUUGAAUAGAACAGUACCAUUAAUGAGAAUAAAGCAAAAACAGUAGUAAAAAUAUUUGCCUUCAAAAAGAUGGUAGAAGGAAAUCUCCCUUACUUGCUAGAUUGCAUAUGGUCAACCUUCCAAGAGAUGUUCAGAUUUCUGGUUCCCAUUUGCUAAAGGGGGGCAGGGGAAGUGGGAUGUUUGACUCUAAGCCUGUGCACUGGUAGGCUCACUAUUGCUUACCAGGGAGGGGAGCUGCUUGCUUGGUUUCCCUGCGUCCUAAGUUCCAACAUGGUGUGAAUCUCAGAAGAUGCUGGUGGUUCUCCCCCUGGGACAGCUGCAGCCUGCCACCAAAAUCCAACUUCUUUCACUUGAGAGAAUUAGAGUUUCACUCAUGUUGUGUUUAUCAAUACUUUGUUUCUAUUUAUUGCUGAGUUGUGUUCCACUAUAUGGUGUAUCUUACUUUUUUACUUUAUGUUUUAGUGAUAUCUUUGGUGGGAUUUGGUAUCAGGAUUAUGCUGGCCUGAUAGAAUGAAUUAAGAACAGUUUCCUCAUUCUUUCCUGAAAGAUUUUUGUAAGAUCAAUGUAACCUUUUCGUUAUAUAUUUGAUGGAAAUUACCAAUGAAGCUGUAAGGUCUGGAAUUUCAGUUAUCAGUAUAUUUUCUUUAAUACAUAUUUAAGAGUUUCUAUUUCUUCUUCUGUCAGUUUGCAUAUAAACUUUUUGCAAGAAUUCAUUUUAUUUAAUUUGUAAAGUUUAUUAGCACAAAAUUGGUCCAUGUUAUUCCCUUAUUAUCAUUUUGAUAUCUGUAAGAUCUUAGGGAAUGAUCUAUCAUUAAUUUCUGAUAUUGGUUAUUUGGAUGUUCUCCUCUUUUCACUCUAUUUUCUUUCUUGCUGUGUCUGGUAGUGCACACCAAUAAUCCUCAUGCUUGAGAAGCUGAGGCAGGAAGAUUCAAGGACAGCCCUAGGCCACAGUGAUUUCCCAAUGACUACAGAGCAAGACUCGGCCUAAAACAGACAAACUAACACAUGAACAAAUAAGAUUAACCAUCACAAGUCUGUACCCCUUAUCAACUGAAUAUUCAAUCACAUCCUGUUAAACCAUGUGUAAAUCCAAAUAAACACAGUAACAAGAUCAUAA